AACGGACAUUAACAUGCGAGGUUGACAGCGCUCCUGCUGAGACACAGGAUGGCUGCACUGCGUCAUCUCAAGCAGUGCCACCCGAGGGGCAUUGCUAUCUCUCAGUUUCACACAAGCAGCCCUGCCUCUGCCAAACAGCAUUACAAAAUGCUUGUGCUGGGAGGAGGAACUGGCGGUAUCGCAAUGAGCUCCCGGAUGAAGAGGCUGGUGGGAGCAGAGAAUGUAGCUGUGGUGGAGCCCAGCGAGAUCCACUACUAUCAGCCAAUAUGGACCCUGGUUGGUGCUGGUGCAAAGACUGUAGCGUCCUCAAGCCGUCCCACUGCGAGUCUUAUGCCAUCUGGAGUGAAAUGGGUGAAAUCUAAGGUUCAGGAAAUUAACCCAGAGACAAAUACUGUACGCACAGAUGGGGAAAUCUCAUAUGAAUAUUUGAUUGUGGCGCUUGGUUUAGAGCUCCAUUAUGAGAAGAUCAAAGGACUCCCAGAGGGGUUUGAGCACCCAAAAAUUGGCUCUAACUACUCUGUCCAAACUGUGGAGAAGACGUGGAAAGCAUUGCAGGAUUUCAAAGAGGGCAAUGCUGUGUUCACUUUCCCAAAUACUCCUGUGAAAUGUGCUGGAGCGCCACAAAAGAUCAUGUACCUGUCAGACGCCUACCUCAGGAAGACGGGCAAAAGAGCAAAAGCCAAUGUGAUCUAUAACACAUCAUUGCCUGUGAUCUUUGGGGUAAAGAAAUACGCUGACUCACUGUGGGAGAUUGUGAAAAAGCGUGACCUACAGAUUAACCUGAGGCACAACCUGAUUGAAGUGCGCGCAGAUAAGCAAGAAGCUGUGUUUGAAAAUCUUGGCAAACCAGGGGAAACCAAAGUUAUCGAGUAUGAAAUGCUUCAUGUUACACCGCCAAUGGGACCCAGCUCGGUGAUUAAAGGCAGUCCGCUGGCCGACGAGAUCGGCUGGUUGGAUCUGAACAAAGAAACUCUCCAACAUACCAAGUAUCCAAACGUGUUUGGGAUCGGAGACUGCACCAACCUUCCCACAUCCAAAACCGGAGCAGCUGUCACGGCACAGUCUGCCGUCUUGAGCCGAACUAUCAGCAAAAUAUUGAAAAAAGAAAAAACAGAUAAGAAGUAUGAUGGGUAUACUUCAUGUCCCUUGGUCACAAGCUACAACACAGUAAUCCUGGCAGAGUUCGACUACAACGGACAACCGCUGGAAACGUUCCCCUUCAACCAAGCCAAGGAGAGGCGAUUAAUGUACCACAUGAAAACAGAUGUGAUGCCUCACCUCUAUUGGCAUGGGCUUCUUAGGGGGCUGUGGGGCGGACCGGGACCUUACAGGAAAAUCAUGCAUCUUGGGAUGAAAUGAAACCUCAUCUUCAGUUUGAAUCUGAAAGGAAAUUCAUUGUGUAAUCAUCUACCCAAGGGUGCACACGCAUAUGGAUAAAGGAGUAAUGUGAAUGUUUUGAACAUCAUGAUUAAUCGGUCUCACAGAAAAGCUCAUUUAAGUAGCGUUUUUGAUAUUACUGUGGAAUUAAACGACUGGAAUGAUG